AUGUUGUCCGAUACUGGAGCCAGCAAUGUCCCCGGGGAUGUUACCAACCCUUUUAUCACCAAACUCACCACGUCUCCGCGCAAAGGUCGAGUAUCCCCUGCUGAAGAGUCAAUCGCUACUCUGAGAGAAGGUAUGGGUAGAAUGGACAUAUCUUCUCGUGGUAAUAGCUUGGAUUAUCUUCAUAUGGAAAGAAAAGAUAGUAAAGAAUCAUCCAAUCGAAGGGAAUUAGAUAGAUUCGUUCCUUCUAGACCUGCAUCAUUACAUCAUUCAUCACAUUCCUCAAGUACUUUACCUACUUUAGCUUUAGACGGACAUUCUCCCGAUACAUCAAUGGAUAGAUCCAACUCUACCAUAACGGAUCCUACUACUUCUUCACUUUCAGCUACAUUGGGUGUUCCAGCUUCGAAUAGACGUAUCUUAUCCUUUAGAUCGGCUCCACCACCUGCUUCUCACGCUACAUCGCAUCUUGAUGCUCAGCGAAACUACCUACUUCAUUCAUCUGCUUCAGCUAACAGAGGUACAGGUACCAAUGCCUCUGGGAAAGAAGGGACGAAGAAACGCGCUCCACCUUAUGUCCCAGAAAGAGUACUUGAUGCACCUGGAUUCGAAGAUGAUUAUUACCUCAACCUUAUCGAUUGGUCUUGUGCGAAUAGAGUUGCGAUCGGUUUAGGAGAUACAGGAUAUGUUUGGGACGCAGAGAGUGGCACUGUGAACGCUCUUGGAGGUGGUGAAGAAACCACUGAGGAUCGACCAAAAGUAACAGCAGUGUCAUGGUCCAACGACGGAGCUUACUUGGCAGUCGGAACAGAUGCGGGUGAAGUGGAAGUUUGGGAUGUCGAAGAAGGUAAAAAGAUGCGUACAAUGGGCGGUCAUUCAGCUAGAAUCCCAUCUUUAUCAUGGUACGGUCAUGUCCUAAGUUCAGGCUGUAGAGAUGGAAGUAUCUAUCACCAUGAUGUCAGAGUUGCCAGACACAAGGUCAUGGAUAUGGUAGGACAUAACGCUGAGGUAUGCGGUCUUACUUGGAGAUCAGAUGGUCAGUUCCUCGCUUCGGGUGGUAACGAUAAUGUGGUGAAUUGCUGGGACGGUCGAAUCGGUGCUUCUGUCCUUCAAACUGGAGAAGGUGUUCCUAGAGGUGUAGCUAAAUGGACCAAAAGAAACCAUACUGCAGCUGUCAAGGCAUUGGCAUGGUGUCCAUGGCAAUCAUCGUUACUUGCAACAGGGGGAGGAACUGCAGAUAAACAUAUUCAUUUUUGGUCAACUUCAACUGGAGCAAGAACAUCUUCGUUACAAACUUCAACUCAAGUAACCAGUUUACAAUUUUCACCUCAUUCAAAAGAAAUUUUAGGUACACAUGGUUAUCCAGAUAACACCAUUACAUUAUGGAAUUAUCCUUCCUUGGAGAAAAUUUGGGAAGUUCCCGCACACGAUUCGAGGAUUAUCUGUUCGGCUUUGAGUCCAGAUGGAACUACUGUAUGUACAGGUGCAGGAGAUGAAAAUCUCAAAUUUUGGAAAGUAUGGGAAGUAAAACAAACUAAAAAAGAUAGAGACGAGGAUCAUACUGGUCUAAAUGGAAGAAAUAAGAAUUCAGUUAGGAUUAGAUAA